AACCCGUUCUUAGUUCUGAUCACCACCUGCCCUUAUUUUUAUGUUUUCUAACCAAAAAAACUUUUUCGUCUUCUUGCAGCACCUGGUUUUAUGAUAACUAUAUAUACACACACAUAGAGAGAGGAGCGAGAAAGUCUCCCACAGUUCCAUUGUCUUCCUGAAUUUCCCAUAAUUCCCAUAUAUAUAAUUUCCCUUCGAUUUGUCCAUUGGUUUUUUGGGAAAUUCGGUAGACUUGAAAAAUAGUAAAAAUAAUAAUUCUACCUUACCCUGGAUUCUGUCUGAUAUUGAUUUUUCCUUAUCGUAAAUUUUGGCAGAGUAAAGAAGAUAUAUAGAUUCGUAUAGAUUACAUUUGUAGACUUCCCGAAAUAAUUAUUAUUAUUUUGGGUUCUACCAAAUCCCAGAAAAACCCUCUUCCUUCCAUACUGAUUGAUAUUGGUUUGUGUCUCUCUGAUAAUCUGUUACGAUCGUAUCCAAAGUCUUAUCUGUCCAGUAGACGGUUUGGUUUCUUCAUAAAAAAAGAAAUCUAUCACAAGUCUUUUUUUGGUCGAAACUGAUAGAAACCAAAACCUUGUUUCUCCACCAUUUUUUCUAUUCAAAUCGUGUUUUCAUUUGUGGGUAUAUAUCGAUUAAAAUCGCUUGAAAACCACUAAAUCUCAAUUUUCCGAUCUGGGUUUGUCUGAAUUUGAUCAAUUUCCAGUUAUGGCUAAGAAAUCUGCAACUCUCGAUAAAUGGAGAGAUUAUUUCAGGACAGCAAAUUCAGAUAUAUUCGAUAUAAUCGAGCAUGCAAUUAUGGUGGCCGCUUCAGAUUGCCCCAAGGAGUUCAGAUUGCGAAGAGAGAGAAUUGCCGAGACAUUGUUUUCGUGCAAACUCACUCGCUGUUUCGGAUGCGAUCGAAUUGAGUUGGCAGUGCCCGGAGAUGGAGAUGGAGACGGAGACGGAGAUGGAGAGGAUGAAGAAGGUUGUAAGAGUGGGGCUGGCUGUGAACUCGAGCCUGGUGGUUCUAAGGAGAGCAAGGUCAGUAGUAGUAGAGAUGAUCUGGUUGAUAUGAAUAUGAACCAGCAGGUUAGCAAUUAUAGCUUUGGAGAUGCCGAAGCAUUGACGGAUGAAAUUGAGCAAGAGGCUCAGAUCUUUGGGGAGGUCAUGAGGAUAAAAGAAAUUCUUGAUGACAGUCAAGAACAGUCUGAUUCAGUAUUAUUCGAUUCACUGAGGAGGCUUCAACUAAUGGCCUUGUCUUUGGAUACCCUGAAGGCUACAGAGAUAGGAAAGGCUGUUAACGGUCUUCGAAAGCAUGGAUCUAAACAAAUUCAACAACUUGCACAGACGCUAAUUGAUGUGUGGAAGGAUUUGGUAGACGAGUGGGUCAAUGCGACAGCAGCUAUUGCUGGUGCAAAAGGUACCCCAGAAUCUGCGAACCCAUCUGUUGUUGAUGAAGAAGAUGGGCUCCCUUCGCCUCCAAUGGAUGAAGGAGCUUUCUUUGCUACUCCGACUACAAUGGAGCUCUCUCAGUUCUUUGACGGGUUGGAUGAUUAUGAAAAUCCUCAAGACAGUGGGGAAUUCAACAAGAAUCGAGAAAGUGGCAGAAAACUGUCGAUGGGGAAGCAAAAUGUUUCCAAACAGAAACAGCAGCUUCCCAGUCAGUCCAAUGUUCCUGCCAAGGACAAAAAGGGUGAACAGAUGAAGAAACAAGAAGUUGUAGUGAGGAAACAAAUGGCUGUCGCGAAACCACAUAAGCCCUCAAACACCGAAUCGGGGCCGGGGAGACCAACAAAACUAAAUGUGCAGCAAAAGGUCGAUAAUGAGACAAAAUUGCAUAAAAAAUUAGACGAAGCUGCAAUCCAAAAGAGAUCAUUGGCUGCUCAACAGGAUGUGAAACUUGAAGCCACAAAGAGGAAGCUCCAGGAGAGUUACCAACAAGCUGAAAACGCCAAGAGGCAACGAACAAUACAGGUUGUGGAGUUGCAUGAUCUCCCUAAGCAAGGGCUUGGCCAUAAAAACCCACAUGUGAGACCUGGGAACCACAACAGGCACAGGGCAAAUGGACAUCGCUAGCUUUGUAGACCUGGUUUCAAUAACCUUUCCAGUUUAUUCGAUUUUGAAAGUUAAGAUGACAGAGGAACACGAGCAAGUCUCGGGCAUACUGUGGCUUAACCUUUUUGUGUUUAACGAUGGGGAUUUCAUCCACUGAUAUUACCAGAGGGGGCCAUACUGAAAUUGGUAGGGGUAGCUUUUGAAAGUUGUGUCCAGAUGAAGACGACUUGUUUUUUGAUGGAGGUGUAGACUUUUCACUGAAAUUGGGAGGCAGUUAGAGCUUAUGGAGGAGUCUGUAAUCAUGUUUUGUUGUAGAGGGAACCCUAAUUUGCACCCACCUGUUUGAUGAUUCUCUCAGAAAACAGUGUCUUUUUGCUUAUCAAUAAUCAGAGUGGGCAACAUAAAUUUGCACAGGGUAUAUGCAUUUUUCAUUAGAUGAUGAUAAUUGAUCACAUGUAGAACAUUUAAACAUGAACAUGGUAGGAAGUUGGUCAAAUGUUUUUGUUUUGUAGAAAGCAUGAAUUGUUUGAUGUCUUGAGAUUGUUUGGAGAGAUGAGCUAAGAAAGUGAAGGAAAAAUAAAUUAUAUUUUCAAUGAA